UUAUGUGGAAUGAAAAUGAACCAUUUAUCUAACCAAAACAAUUUAUUUUUAGCUAUAGUACAAUACUAAUAAUGGACAAGGGAAUUGGUGUUGAAUUAGGUACAAGAUCUUCCAUUGACAUGAGAAAUUCAGUAGUAGUAGUUGAUGAUGAGGAAUUUGAUGGCAAAGAAGCUUCAUUGUUACGUAUUGUGGAAACUUUCUUGCGUUUGUUCCCUAUUGGUUUAUGUGUAACAGCUCUUGUCAUUAUGCUUAACAAUUCAGAGGAGAAUAAGUAUGGUUCUGUUGCCUAUUCAGAUCUUGGUGCUUUCAGGUAUUUGGUGCAUGCCAAUGGCAUUUGUGCAGGAUAUUCACUUUUCUCAGCUGUCAUUGUUGCUAUACCCCGCCCUUCAACCAUGCCUAGAGCUUGGACUUUCUUCUUGCUUGACCAGGUACUAACCUACAUAAUCCUAGCUGCUGGAGCUGUAUUAGCAGAGGUGUUAUACCUUGCUGAGAAGGGAGUCCCCUCAGCAGCAUGGAGUUCAGCUUGUGGAUCAUUUGGUUCAUUUUGUCACAAGAUUAAAGCAUCAUUAAUUAUCACAUUUGUUGCUGUGGUUUGCUAUGUUUUGCUUUCACUUAUUUCCUCUUAUAGACUAUUUAGCAAGUAUGAUGCACCAUCACAAGUCAACAACAACUCCAACAAGGACAUUGCUUACAAUGGUUGAUCUUAAAAUAUUGUGCUUGUAAUCUUCACAUUAAUUAUGUCUUAGUGGUUUGGUUUUAAGUUUUAACUAUGUUUUAUUGGUACCUACAAAUGAGAAUACAAUCAUCCACAUAUAUGCUCCUUGAGGCACAAAACAUAAAAGGCUUGUAAACUAAAUAACUUUGGAUUGUCCUUGUAACUGAUUUGUAUUAUUAGUUUUUGUUUUCUUUCGGAAAA